AUGGAGUUGGCAGUCGGCGACGAGAGCGGGUUCUUCGCCAGGGGCAACGACGGCGAGGUUCCACCGCCGGGCCCUGCGGGGGGGCGGAAGCGGACGGCGGUGGCGAAGGGCGUGCAGAAGACACUGUCGAAGACGUCGAUGCUAGUUAACUUCCUGCCCACGGGCACCCUGCUGACGUUCGAGAUGCUGCUCCCCUCCGUGUACGGCAACGGGACCUGCACCCCGGUGAGCACCACCAUGAUCAACGUCCUCUUGUGCAUCUGCGCCACCUCCUGCUUCUUCUUCCACUUCACGGACAGCUUCCGGGCUGCGGACGGGAAGGUGUACUACGGCUUCGUGACGCCGAGGGGGCUGGCGCUGUUCAAGACGGGGCUGGGCGUGGCGGUGCCGGACGAGGAGAGGUUCCGGAUGGGGCUGGUCGACCUGGUGCACGCGGUGAUGGCGGUGAUGGUGUUCGCAGCGAUUGCGCUGUCAGACCACAGGGUGACCAACUGCCUGCUGCCGGGGAGGGAGAAGGAGAUGGACGAGGUGAUGGAGAGCUUCCCUCUCAUGGUGGGAGUCGUCUGCAGCGGGCUCUUUCUCGUCUUCCCCAACACGCGCUACGGCGUCGGCUGCAUGGCCGCCUGA